AUGGCCUACCCGCCUGUGCCAUUGGUGACAGCCUUCUACGGCCAUUGCGCUCGUCUGCGGUCGCCACGACACUUCUGUCAAUCCGAUCUGCUCGCUCUGCCGGCCAACGGAUGCACCACAAGUCUUGCUGCGGCUCAAGGAGAAAGCACAACAGUGUCGGUGGGGAGCGCGCGCGUUGCAGACUGGGACGUUGAUGGCGGCGGUAGCGGUGCUGCGCUGCUGCUGAUGCUGCACGACGUUGCCACACUGCCAUGGGCGGCAGGCUUACGCCUUAAUCUCACCCUCCACGGAGCGCCUACGUGCGCUCAUGACAGGAUGGCGCGGCGGGAGCUGCCGGUGGCCGCUGCCAUCAAGAGAAACCGCGGCGGUGCUAGCAGACCGUCAAGCGCUUCCCCAGCGAUAACACGCGUAGGUGGUGGGGUAUCAACGCAGUCCCGCACCACCUCCGUCGUCCCUGCAGAGGCUUCUCUCGCAAAAUCCGGCGCAGAAGGCGAGGAGCAAGGCAGCGUAGCCACCUCCUGGCGCACCACCACUGCCGCUGGCCACCAAGCUGACAGGGACGCCUGGCAGCCUUUCAGUGAGUACAGCGAGCCACAAGCCUGCGCAGAGACGUCGGCGCUUGCACUGCGCUCAUUUGCCGUUGCGCAACUUGGCCAGCGCGUGCCGCUGGUGGCCCUCGUGGCUGAGAGAGGCUGCGAUGCCAAGUCGACCGUCUCUGCCCUCACCGAGGACUGUGUCACCCAUCGAACCAGCGCGGUGUACAACGAGCAGUGCUCAAACAGCCCUGCCUGGCUCCCGCCACGCACGGCUGUGCAUCGCAUGCCGGUGGAGGUUUAUGCGGAACGUACCCCGUUGCUGCGGACGAGUGGCACCGCCGCCUUGCAGCGGGCGCUUCGGCAAGCGCUGAGCCGUGUCUCGACUGCGUCGGCUGGCCACAACAGCCACGGCGCUGCACAUUUACCUGCAACAUGGCGGUCCUCGCCAUCGAAGCCAUGCGGAGGACUGCGGUGGCCUGUAUCACCUCUGGCACAUCUCGUCUGGAACGGGGAGUGCUGGAUCGAAGAAACAGACGUGCAGGUGGUGGAGAUGGAGGAGCGGCUCCUCGGCGCGCUGCUGGGCGACGAUGAUGAGGAUGCGGCUGAUGCUAGUGCUGAUGUAGCUCGAUCAACAACGAACAGGAACACUGUCAUGUGCGGCACGCCUGCUACGCGGAGUAGCACUCGUGAAAAGAGCGGCGCAGGUCGGUUAGAGGCACUCCGGAUAGGCUUCAAUGCACAGGGCCCUGCGUAUCCUCGGUUCUGGCUGCCGAGCUGCUGGCGUCGUGCCAGCGGCUUACGUGAAGUAUUGACGCCUCUUUUUCGAGAUCCUGACGACAGUAGUGCGGGGAUCGGUGCAGUGUGUGGCCGUCCAGCGGGCGCUGCCGCCCCAGCCGCCUCACGGUGCGCGUUUUCCAGCAGGUCGUAUGAGGCCUGGGAGCACACCAGUGAAAAUGGACGAGUCGCGGAAGCGGCAGUAGAGGCAGCCGCUGGUGUCGCACCGAUACCAGCGGCGCUGCGUUGUAGUCAGUGGGUGCUACGCUUGCGAAAGGCGUGGCUUGUCGCCAGCCCUAACGUAAAAUCGGCCUCGCUUACUCGUGCAGGUGCAGAGGCGCGAGCUGACGUCGCUGCGCAGCCGGGCCUCGGCAACGCGGGUGUGAAGCCAUUACCAUCUCUGCUCGAUGCCGCUCGCUGUGCCAGCGACCACUCGCAUGCCCCCUCUUCGGGGUCGCCAGCACCAGUACCCGUGAGGUACCCCAAUUACGACCUCCUUACUGGCUUGCCGCUGAACUUGCGCGACUACGACGCUGCUGCCAGAAGGGCCCGCGGCGCUUCCAGGGGCUCCCGCGCGUCCUCCUGCUCCUCUUCAGCUUCGAAGUCAGCCAAACUGUCUCUGUGGCCUUCCUGGACGACACAGACGCCACCGGCACACGAGUGCUGCGUGCAAGCGGCGCAGGCUGCUACCUUUCAGUAUGCUGAUGAUCCGUUCUUCCUUGCGGCUCUCUCUCAGAAGGUGGGGUGGAUCCGUCUAUCUCCGACCUGCAAUCCGCACACGCCUCACGUAGGCGCCUCAUCGGCAUCGGUGCCGACGGCUACCCCGGGCACGGGACCGGUGUCGUGGCAGUUGCCUGAUGUGCUGCGGAGGUGCUACAAAAUACCCAGCUCCAUCGCGGAUGUCCCCCAACGCUGGCUGUGUAGUGGUGCAAAGACAGCGGCGCAGACAGCGGCUCCCAGCAUGGCUGCUGCUUCGUCCACAGCGCCGGCACAUCAUCUGCCUUCGUUGCCGCCGCCGCCCGUUGCGAGUGUAUCGGUGCCGCAGCAAGAGUGGUGGACAGGCUUUUUCCUGCAUGACGCACCGCACUGGUGGCACCGCGAGGUGUACAAAGGCGCGCAGCAACGCUGGGCGACGAAAAGCACUUGCAAGGGCAGGCUCGCAGCGCCGGUGCGGCCGCGGCACGAGCGCGACGCUGAGCGCACAGCAACUGCUGAGGAGGUGGCGCGGAUCCUAUCGUUUCUUCAGGAAGAGUGUCGUGUUCCGCCGCCUCCGGUGAGCGCUGCCAGCACAGCAGCUGCCGUGGCAUCCCCAUGCCACGACGCGCCUGGGCUGACGUCAGAGCCCUCGUCACCGGUAGAGAUGACACAGAAGACAGCGACCUUGCCGCCGCAUGUGUGCGUACUUCGACUGGCACCUGUCGCGCCUGUGCUGCGCCGCCCACGCCGAUUAUUGAGGCGCGGCGAGCAGGGAAAGCAAGAGCACCACUGCGCAUCUACUUCGGCCACGGAGGCUCUGUCGUUGAAGUUGCAGUGGUCCCUUGUAUCGGACACAGCCGCGGUGACAGUGAACACGUUCUUCUCUCUGCAGGACGUGUUGAACGACGCUGGACCUUCUGGGACGGCUUCCUGUGCGCUGCCGCCCACCUCGUCGGCGGGCCGCGCGGUGCUGUUUUACGUUGAGGUCAAGGCUGGGUUGGAGGUACUGCGGCGGGCGGCACACGCAGCGGCUGCCCGGGAAGACUCCUCCGACGACGCGGAAGGCCCCUCGCCGGCCCCUUCCUCGUCUACUGCCUGGUGGGAACAGUUGAGUGCCUUCUACGACGCCAAUACGUUUGUGGGGUACGAAACCGCACCUCCGGCGACACUGUCGACGACGGACGAGGGCAACAAAGGCAUCAGCAGUGGUGGCUGCGAGGAGGUCGGUACAACCCACCGCGAUGGUGUCGCGCACGAGAGCGCUGUACCCGCCUUCUGCCACCCUGCAGUGACGGAGGUGGUGAGGACAUGUGCGCAACUGAUGCUGCGAUGCGGAGGGCCAUCGCACAACUGCCAUGUGAGCGACUCCCCCAUCACCCUCGACAGCGGUGGCGGUGAAGGCAACAGGGUUUCAGCAGAGGCAGUAGCCGUAUGGUCACGCGUGGACUACGAUGCGCUGCUUCGCACCGCAGUCGUCGCGUCCGCAAGGGCCGCAGCUACGCCUUCCUCGGUAGCCUGCUUGCGCAUCAAGGUCGCUGAUGGCGACGGUGGCCGGAGUGGUGCAGAUGAAGAGGCGAACGAGGAGUGGGCGGAGGAGAGGGCGCCGGACCAAGCAGAUGAGGCCGCGGCGCACGCCGACAACGGAAGCGAGAGCUCGCAUGCAGAGUCGGCAGUCACGCACGAAACGCAACGCACGCGCCCGGCCAGUGGCGCAGCGGCACCCUCUAGCCGAGACCAUGCGACAAGUGUUGGACAGGACAGUCCAUCAUCUGCUCAAGUGGCGCAGGGGUCGUCGUCGACGUCAUCAUGCUUGGCAUACGGUGUGGAGGUGUACAAGUACGACGAGGAGGGCACGCGGAGUGCACCGUGCCUUAGCUGCGGGGGACUCGAUGUGUCUCUGAACGAUGCACAGACCCCAGCGACUGAACCGGCUGACUGGUCAGGGGUGGAUGGUCGCGUCCCACUCGAGCGCAACGGCCGACUGAGCGAGGCCCUACAGCCCCACAGAAACCCUGACAGCUUUGGCACGAUGGCGGGUGCGGGUUCUGCCUCCUCCUCCUCCUCCUCCGUCGACACCUGUGCCACUUCGAGCGCCGCGUCUCUCUCGUCCGCUGGCCUGCCGUCCGCCUAUCUGUCGAGCGGAAAGUCUGCGCAAGCGGUGACGCUUGGCGAGGCGUCUGUCGCCUCCAUCCUCGACGCCCGAAAGGAGUCCAGGCAGAGCGGCGGAGACGUCGGCGCAGACGACGGAUCACGAGCACAGCGCCAGCUGAGAAGUGCCGAGCUCCUCGUUCAGAAUAAGGAAUUCCUGUAUGUAGGGUCUUCAAAGGACAGCACCGGCAGUGCUUCCCCGAUGCCCUCAGGCACGGAUGGCGGGUCGCCGUCGCCUCCGUUGGAUGUGAUGGGUACCUUGAUAGCGGAGGAGCGCCAUCGGUUUAAGAUGGAGUGGCAACCGUGGCUGCGAUACCUGCCUCCGACCACCACGCAACAGAGAAACACGCCUUCAACAAUUUCAGAGCCCACAGAGACCCCAAAAAACGUGUCCCGCGUGUUUGGCUUUCUGCAGUCGUCGGCGGCCUCCGAAUACUGCACUGGCUCCUCUUCAAGAGCUGACACAACCUCCUCCCGAGGCAACGGUGGAGAGCGCAACGCCGACGACUCGGCCCCGCCAGCGGCAGCAGCAGCGUCGGAUGGCGCGGUGGCUGUCCUCGACCUGGGGCUUUGCGUGCUGCAUGUAUGUCGCACAGAGGUAUACGUGAACGCCGCCAACUUGCUCUGCCACAGGGAGACUCACUGA